GGUUGUCAAACACUAAAGUUUUCUCGGGCAGUUUUUGGGAUCCUGUCGGUUGUGGAAAUGGAGACCGUAUGAAGAGAAUACGUUUCAAUACCCAUUUAAUUAACACACCACAAUAUAUCUGCCUCUAAACAACUACUUUGAAAAGCCACAUCACCUUCAAAUGCAAUGUAAAAUACGGGAAUUAAAACCGCAGGAACUGAACACAAGCUGCAUUAUUGGACUCCUCAUCCCGUUACCUGUCAAGUCUUGUUACCUGGCAACUGAAAACAACUGGUUGGACUAGGUUUUGGCCUCCUGGCCACCAAGUCUGUCCAUCUUGACCACCCAGGAAGAGGUUUAAAGAUUCUGCCGGAUUUCAACUGACCUGCAGUACAUGUAGUGGAGAAGAAAACAUCAGACUUCUACAAGCCAGAGAUAACUGUUCCAGUAUUGUCUCAUUUUGGGCUUGAUUUGAAUACCUGGCUAUCCAGACUGCAUUGGCCAGAUACAGUCAUGCAGCUAGAGGUAAAGGUAGCUCUGAAUUUCAUUGUGUCCUACCUGUACAACAAACUGCCCCGUCGUCGUGCUGACCUCUUCGGGGAGGAGUUGGAGCGGAUACUGUUGUCGCGCUAUGAAGGCCACUGGUACCCUGAAGCUCCUCUGCGGGGCUCUGCCUUUCGCUGCCUGCACCUAGGGGCCCCCAGGGACCCAGUGGUGGAGCUAGCUGCCAGGAGAAGUGGACUGGACACAGAGGAAGUGCGUGCCAAUGUCCCCCCUGAGCUGAGUGUGUGGAUCGACCCCUAUGAGGUGUCCUACCAAAUCGGGGAGAAUGGAGCCGUUAAGGUCCUGUACUUGGAGGAUCCAUCUGGCUUAGGUGGGGAAGACGAAAUGGUGGAAGUAGUAAGUGGAGUGAGUAAAGGAGACAUGGAGGUAGAGGAGGCCAAGAGCUUAGGUUUCAACCCUGAUGCCCAGGUGUUUGUUCCAAUUGGAGCCCAGAUAUCUCCAGUUCUGCUUCCUUCCCUCUCCAGCUCACCCACACCUCUCUCGGCCUCAUCCUGCCCAGUGAUUUUCAGCUAUCCCAGCUCCAGCACACCCACGAACCCAACGGCCCACUCUAACACAUCCACACCUUCCCCUCCAAGUGGGGCACUCCCUUACCUCCCCUCUCAGCAGCCAACGACCGCACUGCCCAGCACCCGUCUACCGCUGCAGCCCAUCACCUUCACCACGGCCAGUUUUGCCGCCACAAAAUUUGGCUCCACUAAGAUGAAGAAGUGUGGCGGUUCCGGGUCAGCUGGCGGCUCGAGUGUAGGCGUGCCCCCGACACAGAGGAUGCUCGCCCGUUCCCCUACCAACAUCUCUCCCCCAGGGCUGCUGAAACACAAGCCCCUCUCAGUCUCCCUGCACUCCCUGGGGGGUCAGAUCCCCAGCCAGCUCUCCCCUAAUGCCAAAGAGUUUGUUUACCCGGCAUCCCCAGGGCCCCUAUACUUUGACAACGAUGCUCCGCCCAUACUACCACACUCAAGCCCCUUCCAGCUCCCUCACCCUGCCCACUCCCACCCCUCAUUUGAGCCAUUCUCCAGCCCCCCACCUGGUCCAGCUGUUGGCAUCAUUGGUGGUAGCGGUGGGAUUUCUUACAUUGAGAAGCCCUCAUUUGUGGAGGGUAUAGGGGGGUAUAACCUGCAAUAUCCCAGCCAGGCCUUCCAGCCGGUGGUGCUGGCCAACUAAGCCUUUCUUAUGAGUAUUCUGUUGCAGCAGUAGGGCAGUAAUGCUCAAGUAUUUUUUUUUGAAAAUUGUUCUUACUGAUACUACAGCGUAGAAUUUGUUUUAUUACUACUACAACCUCCACUAUAUAUUUCAAUAUGAUUAUUUCCAUAUCAUUCAUGUUUUUUUUUGUGGAUUUUGAUUUCAGUUUCUCUAACCAGAGGAGUAACCAGCCUCCUAUUGCACAUGCAUCAUUUUCAUUGAAUGUUCAGCAGAGUAAAAUGCCCUUCAGCUUUGGUCUAUUGACAGCAGUAUGGUAGUUAUGCUGUGAAAACGGACCAAUGUCCUGUAAGAUGGCUUUGGAAAGCUUAGCGCUUUGCAAUCUGCUCGGCCUUAGUUACCAAAAAUGCACAGAGGGGUUUGUGCGGGUUUGGUGAUGUCUUAUUCAUGCUAACAGGUGUUAAAUGUGCUCUUCUGUGGCUUGUGGUCAUUGUGAAUAUAGUGAGUCUGUUACUAGAGCCUUGAAACAUGUCUGAUUUGGUUUGGCGUGAGGUAUCAGUAUUUGCCAUUCAUCAGCUCUGAAAUCUGGUCAUGGACUUGCUUAGAAAGGGAGCCUGUGUGUAGUGUCUUGGGAAAAGGGAGGGUUUAAUGUGCAGGGUAUGAGGAAAUGUAUCUGUCAUGACAGGAAGAAUUACUGCCAGGGAGGUCAGCGAACCUUGGUGAAUGUGAGGCAAGUUGAUCUUUGUCUUCGGAUAUAAUGAUGUACUAAUCUCACACAGACACACACACACAGACCGGAUCUGUCAGCAGUGUGUGAAGGUGAACGGGCGUUGUUGGAGGGGAAUAGGAUGCUGCUAAGCAAUGGGGAUUGUGAUGAAUGGCUUAGCGUGACUAUGAAGGAGAGGUCUUACUCUGCAGGGAAAGGAGGACUGGGAGGGAGUAAGGAGAGGAAAAGGGGAUGGCAAGGCAGGGGCAUCGAUGGCAUUUUAACACUUUUUGGCAUCUUGGGUGCAAUGGCUUUGUAGAACUUUCUGUAGAACUUUAGUGGCGUUGCAGCCAAAGGCCCAAGCUAGGUCCCCUGCUCUUUAAGCCCUUAAUAAUCUCUGUUCCAGUUGCUGCUCCAGUGGGAGACCAGCAUCAUAUAAUGAAAGCUGUUUUCCUUUUCAAUUUCCAGGACUAUGAAUGUUAACUAAACCUGUGUUUUUGUCACUUUAUGAUGCCAUGUCAGAUCAUUCUCAUGUAGGUGGUGGUGAUACCCUGGCUCCAUAUAGGUAAUCGAGGGGGCAGUAAUUGUCACCAGGGUUCAGGCAGCCCCCACCUUUCCUUUUGAGCCAUCCAGCACUUUAUAUUAUUGGGCUAUAGAUGCCAUGUGACCCCCCCUAGUCAUGUAAGGCACUAAACAUUAUUUUUUUCUUAUUUGCCAAUUAUGUUCCAGCUGCAUCUGCUAAGAAAUGUUGGUUCUGUUCCAAUGAGAUUUGUAUUUGGAUAGAAGGGGGGAGUGUCCCUAUCCAUCUGAAUGUUUUCUAGAUUGUGCCAUGUUAACAUCUGUGUAUAAGCUAACAUAAGUACACUGGUAAUUGCUGUGAUUGUCGGUCAUAUGGGUGUCAUUCAAACUGUUUAUUUAUCUUUCCGUCCAUGGGUUGGGAGGGGAGGGUCUCUUUAUAAAUGUAAUGGUUGUGAGGGAAGGGGUCAUUUUUACAUUUGUAAUUUAUUUUAAAUUUUCUAUAUUUUUCCUAUGUUUUUUUUCAAAAGUAAUUAAGUACAUUUGUAAAGUUGAGAGAGCAAGAUGUUAUAACAGUAGGAAUAUGUAUAUAUUAUGUUCAGGUUUCCUUUGUUUAGUUAUGUGGUGAAGUUAUUUUUACAAAAAUAACUAAAUAUAUAUGCAAGUUGGGAAUAAAAAUAAAGAUGUAUAAAAUAAAGUAUUGAAUGUGGAUUGUACCUUGUACAGAAUUUGUCCAAUAAAAGACGGGUAAAUGUAA